CAGCCGCUGCCGCAUCUAGCUAGCACUGCACUGCACCAGCACUGAGCUAUGGACAGAAUUUCGUACGCGUAUUCACAGACGGCCAUUUUGAACCUUCUUGCAUUAGAAGCUGGUUUGAUGGCAUUCCUGCGAUAGUCAGGAUAGCGUUUGGACAACUUUACAUUCUUUCCUUUGAACUUACGAUUCUACCAGAUUUAUGCAAACAUUGAGCUAUACACACAUGUGAGUGAACACUGUAAGCUUGAACUGUGAUCUAUCACCUUUAUAGACUCUCCGCACGAGAAGUUCAAAACUUCUGCGGAUCCUUAGCCAUUGUAUUGCUGCUUGAUUCCUUCCUACCAAGCGGACAAUCUGAAUUUAUAAUUCAAAUUCCUUGUGACGCCUCUCUGAGAGGCUUCAUUGUUUAUAGCAGAAUAUAUUAUUUGUAAAGGUCGUUUUAUAUAUUAAUGUAUAUUUGUAUAUUUGCCAAAGAUAAUUUUUUCCCAUUUUGUAUGGGCAAAGUUGAAUGGCACUAACUUGCCUUUUUUGUGAACCUGUACUACUACAUUUCUGACAAGUUAUCUCAGGAAUUAUCUUAUCUUUAACUGAAAUGUUCGUAUGGACACCUGAUGCAAUUUUCAUUGAUGAUUAUUAAAAAGACGUAAUACAAGGAAGACUAAAAUCACCCAUCGAUAAGGGUGGAAGUUGGAAGAAUUUGCAAAAAGGAGAACAAAUACUGUGAGAAAAGACACUGUUUACUAUGGCAACGGCACCACCACAACUCAACCGCAUGAUGAACAACAAUCACGGGGCAAGGAGCCCGAACAGAGGGCAGAACAACGACUCGAGGAGGGGCGAUGGUCACCAAGGAAAUCACCAAGGGCGGGGAGACAGGAAUGGCCCACAUCACAGAGACGGCCCAGGAGGUUACCACAGAGAUGGGCAUUACGGAGGGUACCGGGGAAGCGGGGGCUAUGGCGGGAGACAGUAUUCAAGACAGAAGGAUUUCGAGAGGCCAGCACCAAAAGCAGCUGCACCAGCACCCAAGCCGACACCCAUAGACAUGGAUGAUCCAGACUGGAAAGAAAAAUUAGCAAUCCCGGAAAAGGACAGAAGAAUUAGAACAACAGACGUCACAAAUACCAAAGGAAAUGAGUUUGAGGAUUAUUGCCUCUCCCGCCCUCUAUUGAUGGGCAUCUUUGAGAAAGGUUGGGAGAAACCAUCGCCGAUUCAAGAAGAGAGCAUACCGAUCGCCUUGACCGGACGAGACAUCAUGGCUAGGGCCAAGAACGGGACGGGAAAGACUGGUGCUUAUACUAUACCCCUCCUGGAAAAGACAAACCCAGAUAACAAUUUCAUUCAAGCUUUAGUCCUAGUACCAACAAGAGAGCUGGCUCUCCAGACCAGUCAGAUCUGUAAGCAGCUAUCAAAGCAUACAGGCCACAAUGUCAUGGUCACAACGGGUGGUACUAGUCUCAGAGACGACAUUCUCAGACUCGAAGAUCCUGUACACAUUGUGAUAGCCACUCCUGGGCGUAUCCUGGAUCUCAUGAAGCAAAGCAUUGCCAAGAUGGACAAGUGCAGUGUGAUGGUAUUGGAUGAGGCUGACAAGUUACUGUCUAAAGACUUCCAGAACAUGCUCGAUGACAUCAUCAGUUAUCUUCCACAAGACAGACAAAUCAUGCUCUACUCAGCAACCUUCCCAAUCCAAGUAAAAGACUUCAUGGAUCGUUACUUGACGAAAGCAUAUGAAAUCAACCUGAUGCAGGAACUAACCCUCAAGGGUAUCACUCAGUAUUACGCUUUCGUGGAGGAGAGACAAAAAGUACACUGCCUUAACACACUCUUCUCCAAGUUACAAAUCAACCAAGCGAUAAUCUUCUGCAAUACGACCCAGCGUGUGGAACUCCUUGCCAAGAAAAUCACGGAGCUUGGUUAUUCCUGUUACUACAUCCACUCUCGCAUGCAGCAGGAGCACCGAAACAGAGUAUUCCACGACUUCCGCAACGGCGCCUGCAGAAACCUUGUCUGCACAGACUUGUUCACCCGCGGUAUCGAUAUCCAGUCUGUCAACGUAGUCAUCAACUUUGACUUCCCCCGCGUCUCGGAGACCUACCUCCACCGUAUCGGCCGUUCAGGGCGCUACGGUCACAUGGGUCUAGCAAUCAACAUGAUCACCCACGAUGACAAGGUGUCCAUCUAUGACAUUGAGAAGGAACUAUCCACCAAGAUUAUUCCUUUCCCGUGCAAGGGGAAGGAAGUCGACAAGAGGCUCUACGUUGCAGAGUUCCAGAUGGAGGAGGAACAGCUAGCAGAUGGAUCCGGCUAGAUGUCCACAGACGGCCAUUAGCAGUGUUACAGGACUUCGCCCAAUCAAGACACAUUUGAAUUAUAACAGAUAAUGAAAAAUCUCUUAUUUGAUUUUAUUUUUCCUCAAAGGUAAUUGACAGGUUGUAAUACUUAAAAAAUGGAAAGGUAUUGCUUGGUUUAUUCUUCAGACAUCAAUAGAAAGAUGGGCUUCAAUUUGAUAGGUAAUGCUUAAAAAGAAAAAUUGAGAAAGAAUCUUGAAUGAACUACAAAACAAUGAGCAUUUGGGAAUCUUAUUUUUCAUGCCAAGAUGAAAAAAAAUCUCUAUAUUUUGUCGUUUACACCUUAUUUGACGAUUGAAAUCAUUAGAGAUUAUUUAAGAAUUUUCUGAUACCUUUUUUUCUUGAUUUUUUUUGUGACUUGGAUGGAUCUUCCUUCUUGCAAAACAUGACAGUGCAAAGAAUUCUAAGUCCUGUUUCACCAAACACCCUUUCAAGUAGCAAUGUACAGUGAUUAUCAAUAGCUAUUGACAUCCAUCUUUCUGAUUGGUUAGAAGCCAAAAACAGAUGUUAGGCAGUGUCUGCGGAUUUUUGUGAAACAGUUCCGUGAUCUCAUCUUGUCAAGGAUACACUCAAUGGUGCUAAAAUGGACCCGGUAACACAAAGUUUUUAAACUGAUCAUGCGAUUGCUUGAAUGAUCGAUUACACAUAGGCGAUCAGUGCAGCUCGUCAUAAAAACUCCCCAUGCAAUCGAUCACCAGGUUUUGUGUUAACGGUGCCCUGACAGUGUGUUCUGUCUGAGAGUAGAGUUGAGAAGGUACAAGUCAUUUUUGAACGUUUAAGAGAUGCAAAAAAAUUCAUGAGAGAAGAAACAAAGACAUAGUCUCUCAUUUUAUAUCUUGACUUCUUUUCUUUUCAUUUUCCUUCCAUUAACGAUUCUGAAAAAAACUUAAUCAAACUGAUAUGAACCUUGUGCAAUUUUAUAUUUUCUUUUAAUUUUCUUUAAUCACUUGUAUUUAAUUUGUCAAAGAAAUGCAAAAAAAUAAGCGUAUUACAAUGGAAGAAAAGACGUGAUGAAAAUGUAUUAUUUUACCAUGAGAUAUCUUUUCUAAAAAAAUGAAUUUACAUGAAAAAAAGACCAGAAAAUGUGGUCAUGAUGAGAGUGCCUUCUUAGCUCAAAACAAAAAGGAAAAAAAGGUGUCACAAAUGUGCGUCUCCUACAGAUAAUGGUUGCGCUGUUAAUGUUCUGUUUGGCGAGUUAGAGCAUUUUUUAAUGAUUGUCUUUUUUGUUUCUUGUCUGUAUCUCUUUGUGCUGUCCUCCCAUAUGAUAUGAAACAAUGUUGAUAAUUGUCAGAUUGUGUUUGUUUUGGAUCAUUAGAAUGACUUAUUCCAAAGAUGGCCUAGACAAUAUUGUGAAGGUUUUCAGCUCACCAAGUGCAAGUGUGAUAUCUGUUUUCUAAUGGGAUUAUUCAAAGUAUGUGCACCUGUUCCGUAAUGGACAAGAGAAAGUUGGUACGUAUUGAAAACAGGAACAAAGUAGCCAGUUUGGUAUCACCAAUCCACUUUACCAAUUUCUUGUAGUGAGUAAACCUGAGGAGUGUUUCACAAACCAAAUUUUAGUGAUUUUCACUUACAGUAUUACCCUUAGCCAAUCAGAUGCAAGGACAUUGGUAGCUUAUAACAUUAAAAAUUAUUGACUUUUGUUUCUUGAAGCGUUCCCCAGGAUUUGGGUUUGUGGCCAGGGUGUAAGCACUAUUUAAAGGUUUUCGGAUGUCGCGCUUUUACUUUUGAUCAUGGUGAGGAUUGUUCAUUUCCGGGGAGCCUUUCAGUAAUUACCCUCACCAUCAAGAGUGUUAUAAGUUACAGAAAUCCUUUCAUCUGUAUGGCUGAGAGCAAGUUAAUUGUGAAAUUCACUAACAAAGCUGUUCAUGAAACACAACCCAAAUUUAUCUUCCAAGAACCAUUUCUGGCAAUCAUAAUUAUUCCAUAUUGCUGAACAUGUGUUUUGCAGAAAUGACAUUGUUUCUGUAAUAUCUAUGGAGGUAUGAUGCUUUCCAGAAAUAGGCUCGCGGUGGUCUUAACUUAAUCAGCAUUGUCAAUGUUGUUUCAUAUCCCCUCGGUUGGUAUCCUAUAUAAAGGUGAUUUUACUCCGCUCAGAGCCUUGGGAGAGUGAACGCUUUCAAUCAGAACCAUUUGAAAAAUAUUUCUUUUUAAGUCACAGAUUGCCACAGAUCAUAAGGGACAAUUUAUGUCACAGAAAUUCUUCGAAAGUUUUCCAAAAUCCAGGAAACUGUCUUUAAAAAGUCUUGAAAAUGGGAAUACAAAAAGAAAGCACUGGCUAGGCAUUAAUGUUUGGUUUAGAAAAGACAAAACUAGUGUUUAUGGAUUUGAAAAGCAUUGCAGAAGCACAAAAUAUGAAAGUUAAAAAAAAAGUGAGUAAUGAAAAUGCAUUUGGUAGGCCAUGGAACCAAUAUUGCAACUCCGGGUGUUAAAAAAAAAGAAAGAGGAUGGUUUAGUUAUGGUAUAUGUGUUGACUUAAAAAGUAUAAAUGUAAUUACAAAAAUUCCCAAGAGGGCUGACAUCCAAGAACGAGCGAAAAAUGGUGUAAAGGGGAUUUUACUAUUUCUUUGACAUGAUACAUUUUCGACCCCCUUGCAAUGCUUUCGUUAACAGAUAAUGUGAAUGGGUACAGGAUGUCCAGGCUGCAUCCUUUGUAAAGUGUUUGUAAUAGGUUUUCCAGUUUCUCUGAGGCUCUGAGCGGACAUUAUGUUACCUGAUGUAAUCUUGAAUGGUUUAUCCUACAGCACAUCGCACUGCAUUGUACUGGAGAUGUAUGUGAAAAGUGCUUUUAUUGUUUAGGCUGUGUUAUGUGUGAGUGAAGAGCAGGGAGAGAGAGUGUGUGAGAGUCUGUGAGAAAGGAGGAGGCAUGUGUGAGUGUUUCUGAUGUGGUUUCUCGUGGCUUUAGAGCAAAAACUCAACAAUCAAGGGAGAUUGUAGGAUUAUAUCCGAAAACAUAUUUAAUUCAAUCAUUUGGCAUUCCUUUCGUUAGAACAGCUGCUGAUUAGAAGGGAAUAAACGGCACUUUGAGGUUGCUGCCACCAGCCCUAUUGCAGAUUCAGGAUUGUGCCCAUAUUUCAUGCCUUAAUGAUGAAGACAUCAUACCUAGUGUGUUGGGACUUUCAGUCAGGCUUUGACAAUGUAAGCAGUGCAGUUAUUAUCAACAUGUCGGAUAGUAAAUGGUACUCUGUCCUCUUAUCAAAGAAUAUGUUCUGAUAGGAAUCGUCACGAAGAUGUUACAGUUUUGAUAUCAAAGUUAAGCUUCGACUGUGCACAUAUUCUUUCCCCUACCAAGAAAAAUAUGUCAAGAUUAGGGUUUGAGCUGAGAAUGUUAGAAAUGGUUUGAAAUUACACAAGGUCUAUGCGCAUAUUCUAGAUCCUACAAAGAAAAGCAUUAUUAUAGUAGGAUAUUGUGAAGGAUAUAACCAUUUCUGAUUAUGGAAAUUUUGUAAAGAAUAUGUACACAUUCUAACCAAUGCACUGGAGAAAUGGCAUUCAUGUUCCUGGAGGAAAUAGAAAACAUUGGAAAUGGUUUGAUUCUUAGGAUUUGCUCUGAAGCUUAUGAAUGCAUGUGUGUUGUUGGUGUCAUUUUGGAUGUGUGUGUGUUGGGGUGUGUAUAUGUGUGUGUGCUAAGUCCAUCCAUUCCUCUCUGUGCAUAUCUGCGCGUUUACAAAGAGCGUUGUAUGCCAAAGCACUUAAGUUUGUGUGGGGACAAAAGUCUGUGAACAGACAUCUGCCCUCUUUUUUGUACUCCUUUUUGGAAAAAAGAUACUUCUCCCCAUUAUCAUCUCUUGUUAAUUAUAUGCAGUGAACAGCGUUAUCUAAGUCAUGUUUAAAUGAUUAUUGAUGUGAAGAUGGGUAAUUCAGGCUAGUCCAUGCUACUCUAGUAUGCUGUAUCAAUCUCUCUAAGCAUCAUUUUGGAUGAAGGGUACAACUUGAAAUAUUGUGCUUUGCGCUGAUUUCGCCAAUCCCUCCUUGAAGUAGGGCGUGCAAUCUUUCGUUCGGCGUCUGCAUGAAAGCAAUUGCAAAGUGAGCAUCCGUGAUCGAACAUGCAGUCGACCGAAAGCUGGAACAAACUCGAUAGGAUGGAAGUCAGUUUUGGCAUCAUGAAUGAGUGGAACUACCGAACAAGCUCCAUGAUACGGUAAACACAAGACAUGAGGAAUCAGAUUUGCUAUUACCACAUCAGGAAGUCCUGCAUCGGGAAGUACAUUAGUUGAACUUGGAACGGAUUGGAAGCAUUGGAUGGUGUCCUUAAAAUGAAAAUUGAAAAAAAAAUGUGUGAAUGGAAGAAGCUAUUGGCCAGUGAUAUUGACACUAAGAUAAGAAAAGGAAAAAAAAAUGGAAAGGAGCUUAUGGAGAAGUUAUCGGAAAUGGAACAUUGGCUGGACUUCAGUAUAAUCGGGAUAUAAGUUUGGAAUGUUCGGGAUUUGUGAUCAAAAUACAGAUGGUCAACAAUGGAAAAAAAUUUGAAGAGCUUUCAUCCAGAAUGUUACUGGACGACACAGCUUAUUGUGCUGCACUUGUUGAAUGCAUCGUUAAAGUAAAGUAAUAUUGCGAGUAAGAUGAAUAUUGCAUAAAAGACGGCAAGUUUAAAAGCGCUCACAAACUAGUACAACAUACUAGAGUGGCUUAGCCUUCGACAAGACAUGUAUUCUGUUUAACACAAAAUGUAAACAUGUAAAUAGAGAAAUACUAAGUCUAAUAAUUCAUCAUGCCGUUAUGAUGUUGUUACCCGGAAUACAUGAUUAGCCUGAAUUACUUCCUAUGUACUGUGUACAUUUCCACGCUGUUUUGUAUCUCUCCCUUUUCACUUGUAUUUUUGUUCUGUCCUCCAACAAUGUGAUGAGCCCCCCCCCCUUGCCCUUCUCAACCACAUAGGUGUGUGCGGAGGGAGGGGGAAGGGGGGCUGUGGGAUGAUAUACAAAGUGGUACGAUGCCUGACUUGGACAUCCUAAGAAUAAAAGUGCAAGAUUGCUUACUCCAUUUCUGAGGAAAUGCACCAAAUUGAAAAUGUAAGCAGAUUUAUAAAGUGUUGGGAAAGGAAAACAGGUGUCGUAUUGAUUUUGUAUUUCAUAUUGUGAAUAUGAAGACUCCAGAAUUUCCCCCACGUUUUCAUGGUAUAUCAAUCUGGGGUCUUUUUCAUUCACCAAGUACGAGUUCUAUCUCCAUUUCCCUCGAUUUACUGCAUACACACAACUAAUGCAGUACUUUAUGAAAAAGGAUGCAUUCAUUCAUUCUUACAUGUGUGGUGAGAACAUGCCGUUUUUUGGAUAGUUAUCCUGAGAUGAUGAAAGCUGGUUUAAUAUCGUUGAUGACCACUUGGUAAUGAUAUGUGAACAAAAAGAUAUUUAUAUUGCCCUCUUUGCUGUGUGUAUGCAGCAUGCAUGGUCCAUUCACACAGCAGCUAAAAUAAUUUGACCAUGAUAAAUGGAGCUUAAUGUGAAUGAAUCACCUUUGGGGAAAUGUACGAUAGGUGUUGAUUUCAAUUAUUUUUUUUACUAAGUUCUAUUUGUAUACAUUGAGGAACAAAUGCAGUUGAUGAUAAUUGGUAACACUGAAAAAAAAGAGCUGCAUACCGUAUUGCAUUUUGAGUUAUGGAAAAGGAACAGAGUCUCCUCAAUGUACAUGAAUGGUACUCUGUUGACUUCCGUAAAGUGUUUAAUCUGAUGCUCAAGAUAAACAUUUUACUGACUUUUCAACAAAUUUUUACAUUUUGAUGGUAUUCUCAACAUAUUUGUAGAUUCUGGUCAAAUGAUUUGGGAUGAUACCCGUGAAAAGGUCAUGUUAAUAAGCCUUGACAAAGAAAAGGUUAUAAGUCAUUUGAUGUCUGUGACCAAAGCUGAAACCAACAUUCUGAACAAUUAUGUACCGAUGUCUAUCAAAAUGUACCUUUGUGCUUGAGAUGUCUCUCCUAGCACUAUUUAGUUGGACUGAUGAAAUUCCCAUCUUCAUUUCUGGAACGUAGUUGUACCUAUGCAAGUCUGCGUACUUGCGGUGCUUCUUAACAGUGUUAAAAGUGAAGUUCACCAGUCUUCAACCAGUGAACAGCGAAACCAAAGUGUACUGAGUAGUUCUAUUCAGGGGAGCCAUUCAUGAAAGAAUUUUCUCAGUGAUUUUCAUUGGCAGAUGUUCUAAGCUAUUGUAAAGCUUGCAUCUGAUUGCUGAGAGCAAAAAUCACUGACAAAUAUGUGUAUAACGUUACACAUUUAGGUGGCAUGCAACAUGAUCCAAUUUAUUGCGCGUUUGGUUGCUAGUUGGUUUUGGUUUCCCUGUUCAUUGACGUUAUCCUGUAGAGUACAGAGAUCAUUCUACAGGUUAAAAAGCUCUUAUCCAUCAAGAGCUGCAGACCACACUACACCCUGUUGGUCAAGUACUUAUCAAAGCUUGUCUUUGAAUCUAAUCUUAGUUUGCAAAGUUGCCUUUCGUCUCCGAUCACUGCAUGGUUAGGGUCGCCUGUCACAAGGACUUGUGGUCAUUGGAAGUAUUGAAACAAUGUUUGGUAGAAAGCAUGCAAUGCACAUGCAUCAAAUGAUUCUGAUUGGCUUUGGCUAUAUUGUGAUUGAUUGCAAACUCUUGUGGUGGAUCCCAAGUACAUUUAUGUGCUUCAUGUGGUAAGAGUCUUGAUCUAAUUUUAAGAGGAUCUUCUGCUGAACCUUGCAAUCCGCGAUUGUUUCAGCAUACUACAACUAGACUGUCAUUAACUUUAUCUUGAACAUUUGAUGACAGCAUCAAGGCAACUUUGCAAACAUAUUUCAGGAGCAAUACAGCAUUGGCACAGUUCUGUAUUGCUCAUGAUACUAACUUUAAUGUUAUAAGACUAUCCUUCGUUCUCUGUUGAAUUCCGGUUAAAAGGUGAAAAUCUUGGUAUCUGAAUGCCCAUUCUUCUUAUAUGUUAUUGUAGUACAGUCGUUUUUCGUUACAUUGUCACCGCUUGGAUGACAUGGCUGAUAAAUAUGAUACAAAAAUUUUCCACCACUUUUUCAUAUCUAAGCAUAGAUAUUACAUUCUCAGCCUAUGUCAAUCUGAUUUUAGAUUUAUUUGAUUUGUGCUGAAAUGGAAGCACUUGCAGUGAUUGAGACGCCACACGAUUUCUGCGGACUUUUUUAUUUCAAGAAUAUUUCACCUUCUAGCUGGAAUCAAAGGGUUUCUGUAAGGAUGGUCUUUGAACUUGUCUUUUAAUCCCAAGGCAUAACAGUCCGGGCUUCACUGCACUGUCUAGAAUGCCUUCAGAAUGAGAGACGAAGUCCUAUAAAUGUUUUCCUUCUGGACAGAUCAUGGUAUACAUUGUAUCAAGGCAAGGUUUAGCAUUUACUGGAGUGGUUCAGGCAACGGUAUGUCACGCUAAUCUUGAGUCCUGUCCAACAUGGGGCCACCAACACGGGCAAUUGAUUGUAUGCUUGAUUUUUACGAUUGAUUGAACAUUGCAGUCAAUGCAAUCAGUCAUAGAAAAUUAUUCUAUGAUCAUUGCUAUACCUUGUGUUACUAGACCUUGACUCAAUGCAAGCCUUGAGACAUUCAAUAAGAAUGCAUUACCUUGCCAUGGUUCACUGGAGUUCUAAAAAUGGUCACUUCAUGUAUGAUAACAGUAGUUUGGUGUCAUUGACACUCAGCUUGAGUGCUGAGCAACCAUCGUGUCUUCAAUGUUUUAAAAGGAUGAGUGCCAUAAACGAGUAAAUCAUCACUCGGCUAAAGCUUUUGGUGUACUAAUUCUGUGAUAUAUGAAGUGAUCAUUUUUUUGUAACCAUGCCCAAUGUUGGAUUUUAUCUUUGUUCAAGUGUCAACAAUAGUGUUUUAAGUUUAAUAAUCACAACCAGAGUAUUCACAUACUGCACCAUGUUGAUCAAUUCUAACUGGAAUAUUUUUAUUUUCUAUUCAAGGGGAGCAUAUAUAUACUGUCUCCAUACUAAUAAUUUUUUGCAGUUGACUUAAUGACUGUACAAGUCAGGUAUUUUGUGUAACUUUUGAGUACAUCCCAUCAUUAACUUCUAAAAUAAGUAUUUCCUGGAAGUGCUUUUAGGACAUGAGUACAUGUAUGGAGGAAGCCUUUGGAUCCACAAGGUCGCGUCGUAAUCACAAUUUCAAGGAUGUUAAGCAUUCUGAAAUAGAGAAUUACUUUUAUUGGUCACUAAAAUUGAAACCAAAGGAUGGUAAAAUUAUGAUUUUAAACUGAUAAAACAUGGUGUCGUGUGUCAUUACUCUGGGAGUGACAAGUUUUGAAAAAAAUAUGAAAAUCGUAAGGAAAAAAAAUGCAAAAUAAUCAAAAGCUGGUUCAUAAUUGAGUUGUUCAAGAUAUCUGUAAAGGUCUACAUACCAAACUAAACAUUGCACUGACAAGUGUGAAGAUUUGUAAUGUAUAUGUUCUGUCAUAAGAUAUUUAAAAAUAACUUUCUUUUAUAUUUUUUAACUGUCCUGUUGACAAUAUUUUAAAAUAUCAGCCAGUCCACCCCCACCCCCAUAGUAUCCAAAUGCGAAAAAUUAAAAACAACAGUCGAUAUUUGUUUUAUAUUAUCUUUUUUUUAGGCAAUAGUAAAAUCUAUUUCCCUGUUCAAAUCAUGCCAUUCAGUAUCUAAUUAAUUUUAUCUACCAAAGUUAUUGUUGAUGACAUUCAUGCAAAAUGCACUGUUUUCCCCUUUCUUUCUUUUGUCCUGUCUAAAAAGUAAAUGUAUUGACUUGUAUACUCAGACAGGGUACUUUUGAAUUUGAGUAACAUUCCCAGUCAGUUACAAUGCUAUAAUCUCUAUUAUCACGCAAGUCGGAUUCCUUAUUUUGAGGAAUUUGAGGCUUCAUAAUUGUUUUAAAAUUGUCAGAUUCAUUAUUACCUUGGUCAGGGUAUUUUAAUCGGAUGUACCCACUCAUUCUCCAUUCCCUGGGGAGUACAAUUUCAGUAUGCUCUCAGAAAUUACCCAAUAAGUCUACACAGUGGUUACAAUUUCAUUCAUUUUAAAGUCGCUUGGAAGAUAGAUAAUGUAAUAUUUUAUGAAUCUCACUUCCUGUCUUUGAAAGAAAUGUAUUCCUUGAAACAAUAACAAUUAAGCAUUGCUUGUGCAGUGUGAGAGAUGAAUUGAUUUAAAAUUUUGUUUUCCCAUUAUGUUCAUACAAUGUACUGUGAUAUUCAUUGUCCAACUUUCAAGUACUUUCAUGUAUGAUAUAAAAAAUGCCCUUGAUAACCAAUGUUUCAGACUUGGUCAGAUUUUCACCCAGUAUUUUCAUUCUUUAUUCUAAUAAACCAAUUAUGUAACCAGCAAA